UCCGGGGGGCCCUUAUAUUGAAUUUUUGCCUCAACUUGUAUCGCGCGGCUUUGCAAUGUUUUGCACCAAGCCUUGUUUGACGGCGCCGGGCGCUAGCACAAUCUAUGCGCACGCGCUUCCACAAUGGGCACUUUGACAUGCUUCCGGCAAGUUCGCCUCCGCCUUGGGGCAGGACCCGUGUGGCACAUAUGGCCUUCUGCCACACGCUUUGCGAGGACCUCAUCCUUAGAGCGGCAGGCUGAGAAUCCUUUUCCGGAGCUCAAGACGAAGGAUCCCAAGCAGACAAGUGGUUCCAGCAGGUCUUGGGACGACGACACUGAAUGGGAAGCUGCUCUUGAGAAGGCCUCGGGCAAACCGUCCAAGAAGGCCAGGCUGCCGCGUGGACCAAAGGACGAUUUGGGUGACUUCAUCCUGUCCCUGACAGUGAGACGAAGAAAGACUGGCUACGCACUUCUGCGCUUUCAGGAUCUGCAUCCUUUGCAGUUUGGGCUGGUGGACGUGUCAAAGCACGGCAAAGAUGAGGCCCAGCAGAAGGCGCUGGAAAUCGCGGCGUUCCUGCGGGAGCUUCGCAAGGUGGCACCACAGAAGCUGCUGCAGCUGGCAGCCGAUGGUGAGGAGAUGGACACUUUGGAGCUGGAGUCGCACAACAGGAAAUGGAAAUGGAUUGUGGCCCUGGAUGACUCUACAAUGGACAAGGGUGCUCCAGUCAAUGUUCGGGAGGAUCAAGCCCAGCGCACGGUCUCCAUGUUGCAGGGCUUGCUGAUCUCGGAUUGCAAGAGGAUCUUCAAGACUGCACCGUAUGUCCUCAACCCUCGGAGGAGCCGCCAGCGGCUUGGAGUCCGUGGAGGACCCAGCCCCCAAGUCAGGAAAGAGAUCUUCGAGGAAGCCUGCCAAGAGGUGGCAGAUUUUCCUGUGGUGCGCUAUGGCAGUGGAACCGUCUCAGAAGACACCUACCUCAUGUCGGACGCAUGGGCAACAGCUAGGCUGGCGCAACGUGUGGUCUUAUUGGCGCAAAAACGAGAAGAUCAAAAACUGAUGGCAAGGCUUCGAGAGCAGGCAAUGUCAUCGAAACAGAUCAAGAAGCUGAGCGAGGUGAUCUUGGAGUUGCACCCCAGGAAGGAGAGCAAAGAACUCUCCGAUGUGUUGGAGAAGAAGGUUGACCAGAUUGUUGAGGAGAACUUGUACAAGCUCCUUGACAAGGAAUUGGAGAGGAGGAGAAGCACACAAUCAGAGGUGGAGGAAAGGUAGAGAUGGAGGGCUGCGAGAAAAGACGGCGCCUGCGGGCCGAUGGGG